AUGGCUAAAGAAAGGCCUAAUCCUACAGAAUCGGGCGUAAAGCGCCUCUCGGAGUCCGACUAUGCAGUCUCGUCGACUUGCACAUCUCGGGUGCCGUCUCUUGAAUCUCAAGAAACAUUUCGACUCACACAUGCACCCAGGGCGGCUCUAACGUUGUUUCUUGCCACGACCGAUUCGACAAUUGUAUCCACGAGUUUGCCCACGAUCUCCGCAGAGUUCAACGCGACACAGAGCGAGUACACCUGGGUUGGCAUCGCUUACAUGUUAACGCAAACGGCCUUCCAGCCCCUGUAUGGCAGGUUAUCCGAUCUGGUCGGACGCAAGAUUGUAUUAUUUUCGAGCAUGUUCAUUUUUGCUCUUGGGUCACUGCUUUGUGGCGCAGCGAAGUCGAUGAUGGGUCUAAUUCUAGCAAGAGCUUUGGCUGGUGUUGGUGGCGGUGGCAUUGUCAGUUCUGUUUGGGUAAUCACUGCCGAACUCGUGGAGCCAAAGCGAAGGUCCAACUGGUCGCAAGCACUCAGCGUCACUUGGAGCUGCUCGGCGGUUGCGGGCCCUAUACUUGGAGGGCUUUUUAGCAUUUUUUUGAACCUGCCUGUCUGUUUUGCCGCGUUUGUGGUGUUGUUGAUCACCCUUCACAACGUGCCCUUAAGCUGUGCAAGGGAUGCGUCCUGGAGAUCCUUCGCCCAAAAAUUUGACUUUGUCGGCCUGUUCUUAUUCAUGGCGGGCACCAGUUGCAUCGUGCUUGGAUGCAAUUUUGCAAUGAGCUACGGUUGGUAUGCACCUAUAACCAUCGUUCUGACUGUCAUGGGACCUAUCAUCCUCAUUACUGGCGGGAUCUACGAAGCGUACACAAAGCGUGAUGCGCUUUUCCCACCAGCGGCCUUUAGGAGCCUCAUUGUCGGUACCAUACUGACGAUAACGUUUCUUCACCAAUUCGUGUUCAACGCAGGAACAUUCUAUCUCGCAUUGUACUUUCAGGUUGUCAAUGGCGCAUCGCCGCUCCAGGCUGGGAUCCAGAUGCUCCCCUACUCACUAGGAUCAUCUGUUGCAUCUAUGCCGGCCGCAUGGUUCAUGUCGAAGUGGCAAGAACGGAAGGGCCACACCGGCGGUCAAAACAUCAUUAUAGGCAUGGGCCUUCUUAUCGCAACCACCGGUUUUGGAUUAAUGGUUAUUCUUAAUGAGCGAUCAAGCCAGGCUCUUCAGUCGAUCUUCCCCUUAAUAGCCGGGAUUGGUGUCGGAAUGCUGUUUCAUGCACCAUAUCAAAUCUUCACCCGUGCACUUGGUCCGUCGGAGCUUGCUACUGGGACAAGUGCCUUUUUCCUGACCAGGUUCACUGGCGCUACUGUUGGUCUCUCUGUGGCUGGGAUGGUCUUCGAUGAUCAGCUGGGCCACAACCUUCCGUCGUCAUAUGCAAGCCUUGCAUCGUCUUCAUCUGUUGAGAAGUUAGUGUCCUCUAUCGGGUCUCCGUCCGUGAGAUCGAAAGUCCUGGGCGGCAUCUCCGGAGCUAUCAGUGCAAUCUGGAUAGUGUGUACGCCGUGCUUGGGUGUGGCACUGAUUGCACUUUAUCUGACGACUAUUCUCAAGCUCGCUUUCUUCAUAAAACGUCUUCCGAUAGAAGACCUCCGAGAAUCCGAGACAAAAGAGCCUGAAAAAAGUCUGUCAGUCGGGUCAAUACACCCCGAACGGGAAGGUGAAUCUCCCACCAAUACUAUCAGAUCCUAG